CGAGCUGGUCGAUGACGCUGCACCGUGCGGGCCAAUAAUGUGAAUGGUAAACAGUGCGCCUGCAGCCAUCGGCAAACCUGCUGAUUCAGACUCCGUUUCAUUGCCAUAGUCACAACUAGUUAUUUCUUUGUCACGUAACAGCCGGUAAAGGUGACAUAACCCAGAGGUCUCUGCCCCCUCCCCAAAAAACUGCGGGAACCAGGAUUCACUGCAAUGGCAGACAAAGUGAAGGAGCUCGUUUCAAAGUGCCUGCAGGCUCGGGACAUGGCUUACUGUCCAUACAGCCGGUUCCCCGUCGGUGCGGCCGUAUUGACAGAAGAUGGCGCUAUAAUCACAGGCUGCAACGUGGAGAAUGCCUCUUACGGCCUGACGGCGUGCGCCGAGCGGACGGCCAUCCAGAGAGCUGUAGUGGAGGGCCACAGACGGUUCAGUGCCAUCGCCGUGACAUGCGAUGUCAAAGAUCACUUCGUCGGGCCGUGUGGAGCAUGCCGACAGGUUCUUAUGGAGUUUGGAUCAGACUGGACUGUUUACUUGACCAAGCCUGAUGGAUCUUACAAAGAAACCAGCCUCAGUGAACUGUUGCCUUUAGCCUUUUCCCCAGCACACCUGACUAAGAACUGAUGAAGCCUCAGAAAUCCUUCUUUUGUGUGAUUUUCCUGUAGCAC